AUGGAACAUAUAUUUGUCAUUUUUUUAAUGUUUAGUAAGGCCUUUUCAGUUGGAGCUCAAUUCAAUGGAUACAACUGUGAUGCAAAUUUUCACAGCCGCUUCCCUGCUGAGAGAGAUAUCAGUGUAUACUGUGGGGUCCAGACCAUUACCCUCAAGAUCAAUUUUUGCCCUGUUCUCUUCUCUGGCUACACUGACACCGACCUAGCCCUUAAUGGUCGCCAUGGAGACGCCCACUGCAGAGGCUUUAUCAAUAACAACACCUUCCCCACUGUUGUAAUCUUUAGCAUCAGCCUGGCAACACUUGAGUCCUGUGGUAAUUCUUUGGUGGUGUCAACUGCUCAAGGACCCAAUGCUUAUGGGAACCUGUCCCUGGUGCAGAUUGGAAACAUAUCAGGGUAUAUUGAUACACCAGACCCUCCAACCAUCAUCAGCUACCUGCCAGGUCUGCUGUACAAGUUUAGCUGCAGCUACCCAUUGGAAUACCUAGUCAACAAUACACAGCUGGCCUCGUCAUCAGCUGCAAUCUCAGUGAAGGAAAGCAAUGGCACUUUUAUUAGCACGUUGAAUCUCCUGCUUUAUAAUGACUCAUCAUAUAUUCAGCAGUUGUCCAUCCCAAUGGCAGGACUGACCCUGAAGACACGCAUAUUUGCAGCUGUAAAAGCCACUAAUCUGGAUAGAAGAUGGAACAUUCUAAUGGACUACUGUUACACCACACCUUCUGGAAAUCCUAAUGAUGACCUGCGUUACGAUCUUUUCUUUAGUUGUGAAAAAGACCCCCAGACCACAGUGUUCGAGAAUGGGAAGAGCCAGAUGGGUCGUUUUGCCUUUGAAGUAUUCCGCUUUGUAAAGCACAAGAACCAGAAGAUGUCCACUGUCUUCCUACACUGUGUCACCAAGCUGUGCCGAGCAGAUGAUUGUGCAAUGCUGAUGCCAAUCUGUGGCAGCAGGAAAAAGAGAGAUGUCUCUGAGGGAAAGGGAUCAAAUGCUGCAUCUGGAAACGCCAUCCUGACUGCUGGGCCUAUCAUAACUCGGAGUGAUGAAAUACCAGCCAAUAAUUCUCAGCUGGCCCAUCUUAAAGCUCCAGUGUUUCACACAAAUACAAUGACCAUCGCACUCAUCUCAGGCAUGAUCAUUCUGGGUGUCAUGUGCCUAUGCUUCUUCAUCAUGUCCCUCACCCUUCUGAAAGGCAAGAGCGCUCCAGUCGGCACCCUGUCAGGAGUCCGAAACCUAACCUUCAACUGA